AUGAAAGAGGAGCAGGCGAGAAUUAACGCUGUACCGAAAAUGGGGAUUUUGGAUCUGUUCCGUGGUGAACUGUUCUGGCCGAUGUUCAUUGCGAUCAUGAUGAUGAUUGCCCAGCAGUUCUCCGGUAUCAAUGUCGCCAUGUUCUUCUCCACCAUGAUUUUCGAAGGCGCUGGAAUGGGCGAGAAUGCUGUCUACGCAACACUCGUGAUGGGAUUCAUCAACGUCCUCAUGACUAUCAUCUCUGUCUAUUUGGUUGACCAUCCCAAAUGUGGACGCGUUAUGUUACUCAUGAUCGGCUUAAUCGGGAUGUUCUUCGCCUCAAUCGCCAUCACUGCAUUCAUUUCGAUCUAUGUUGCGGACAAGGCGCACAACAAAUGGGCAUCGUAUCCGGCUUGCAUUUUCGUUUUCCUCUUCGUCAUUUUCUUCGCCACGGGUCCAGGUUCAAUCCCCUGGUUCUUUGUCUCGGAGCUGUUCACUUCUGGAGCCCGUGGUGCUGCAAAUUCGAUCGCCGCAGCAACGAACUGGACAGCGAACUUCCUUGUCGGCACCUCGUUCGAAUAUCUCAACCAAGUCCUGCACCAGUAUGCUUUCCUCAUUUUCUCUGGCUUCUUGGCAUUCUUCACGUUCUUCACCUGGAUGUAUGUCCCGGAAACCAAAGGACGAACAGUGGAGGAUAUUCAGGCGGAAUUGAAACGUGGCAAAUCACGUUUUGCGCGAAAUCCUAAAUAG